AUGGAUAAUACAUUUAUCCCGUCAAAACAUCAAGCAGCCGGUCACGAUGGAUGUUUGAUUUCACUUGGGGAUAAUUCUAUAUUUGCUAAGCUAACAAAUCAACAAGAAAUAGACUUUUACAAUGAGACACAAAGAUUAUCACAAGACGAUGAAGAUCAGCUAUUGGGCAGUAAAUUGGCUGAUUGGAUGCCGGUUUUCAUGGGAACGUUGACUCAGAGCGAUAUUACUAAACAUGACCCUAAUUCGGUGGUUAUGCCAGUACUAAAGGAGGACAAAAAGAGGGUGGAACAGAAAUUGGAGGGAGAUGGUAAAAUUUCAGACGAGGUGGACGAUAAGCAGUACAUUGUCUUACAGAAUUUGUAUGGAGGGUACGUGAGUCCGAGUAUCUUGGACAUAAAAUUGGGGUCCAAGUUGUACGAUGAGAAUACGACGGCCGAGAAGGCAGAACGGUUGGGCAAAGUGAGCGAUUCAACCACCAGUGGGUCGUUGAACUUCCGUAUUUGUGGCAUGAAGUUAUACAAUAGAAACCUGACACAAAUGCCCGCAGUCGUGUUUGAAGGUAUGGGAGAGACAAUGAGACUAAUUACAGAUGAUGAAGAUGCCAACUACAUAGAAUUCGACAAAUAUUUUGGUAGGUCAUUAUCGAAGGAUAACGUCAUCGAUGGCUUAGCAUUGUUCUUCGGCCAAUUUGAGAAUGCCUUCAUAAGACGAAAGCUUCUCGAAACGUUUAUCAAGCGGCUUCAACUCUUGUACAAUUGCUUGUUAGAUACUGAGGUGCGGAUCAUCUCAGGCUCACUUUUGUUCAUAGUUGAAAACGAUAUGCACAAGUGGGAACCCGUCGUUAAUAACGACGAAUUAUAUGAAGCACGAGAUUCCUUAAUACGAUCAGAUUUUAUCGAUGACGACGACGAUGACGACGAUGAAGAGCCAGGCGAAGUGCAAAGCAAACAGGUGGCUAAUAUUGACGCAUCUCCGUUAAGUAGUCUUAAUUUUAUUGAUUUUGCACAUGCCAAAUACACUAAAGGAAAGGGCUAUGAUGAAAAUAUUAUAGUGGGUGUCGAAAACCUAAUCACAAUAUUUGAAGUGAUAUUGGAUAAAUGUAAAUAA